AGAAGGAUGGGUCCACCCACGCAUCUUCUCUCCCGCUGCUGCUGCCACAUUUUCGUACUCGACCGCUUCGGAUCGCGUCGGCGCGUAUUGCCUUCGGCGAAAGAAAAUAAUAACUGAAGAUCCGCGCGAGUCGUGAUAUCCAGGGAACGGAAUGUCGUAAUUUGCAAAACCGGUUACGCGCUGCAUUCUUAAUAUUCUGACAAACUUCAAAUCAUCGUUCGCCCGCAUCGCUGAAGGUUAGAGGGCGAAGGCGAGAAAAAGGAACGUCACGUCGGGAUGGCAUGGACAAGGAUAACUUUGUCAGCGAGUAUGUUCGUAAAUCGAUUGACAUAACCUCUAUUUCCUCUCUUGCCAAUUUUGAUUGAUGGUCGACGUGUCACAAACAAUGUGUAUAAUCGACGUUGUGUCACAUCCUCGAUCACGUUCUCGAAUACGAGGUUUACAAAAACAAUAAUAAAAAAAAGGAUAGAUUAGUAAGAAAAUGGUGGUUAACCAAGAAAACGCUUGGCGACUCGGCUCCGCUAUGGCCUACGGUAUAUCCUCGUUACUGAUAACGAUCGUUAACAAAACUGUUUUAACAAGCUACAAUUUUCCAUCCUUCCAAGUACUGGGAAUAGGACAGAUGUUGGCGACUAUAGUGAUACUUUAUGCGGCCAAAAAGUUACGCUUCAUAGAUUUUCCGAACUUUGAAUCGUCUACUUUUGGAAAAAUUUGGCCACUGCCUGUAAUCUACAUAGGAAACAUGAUUUUUGGAUUGGCCUUUCGGAGAUUCGCAAGUGAUGCCUUCGUUCAAGACUUUAACCAGAAUCAUGUACAAUUGUCGAAAUUUCAACGCGCGGUGCUCGGAGCCGGUGCCGCCGCGAUAUGCCUCGCAGACCCUUAUCGCGCCGACAUGAUUGCCUGCCUCGGUGAGACAACGGGAGAGAACGCCCUCUCUCACUGCCUCGCACGGAUGCGAUUGUCUCAAGAGGGGCUGAGCAUACUCGAGGAGAAACCGCGAAUAAACACGAAGAGCCUGUGCCUGGAGAGACUAGCCGAACUCCCGGAGGGCACUCUCGGCAAGACUUAUCACAAUUUCCUGCUAGUCAAUAAAGUCACACCGGACUCGAGAGAUCACGUCAAGUUCGUCGACGACGUAGAAUUGGCCUACGUCAUGCAGCGUUACAGAGAAGUGCACGAUAUUUUUCACGCCGUUCUGCUCAUGCCAACGACGAUGCUCGGCGAGGUAACGGUCAAAUGGGUAGAAGCUCUGCAAACCAAACUACCGAUGUGUCUCAGCGGAGCGAUUUUCGGAGCGCUCAGACUUCGACCGAAGCAGAGACAACUGUACGCGAAACAUCAUCUCCCGUGGGCUUUGAAGACUGGCACAAACGCAAACUUUUUGCUCGGCAUAUACUUUGAGAAACGGUGGGAGCAGAGCCUCGUAGAUUUUCAUCGAGAGACGAAUAUUGCACCGCUCGCCACCUGAAAAGGCCCGCCGUUUCGAUAGUCGUAUUCGUAGGAUAAGUUGUGAGUUUGGCAUGCUCCUGUCAAUCGGCUACAAACAUUACACGGUAUAACAAUUUUUUUUUAUUGAUUAUAACACUGGAAAUAUUAAGAAUAUAAUUUGUAAUGAAAUACGAGAAUACAUAUUACUUUCCCGAGUAA